AUGAGUGAACACUGGCAGGUUGACUCACUAGAAGGUUCGAAGAAAGGAGGCCAGAGUGGCAGUUCUAGCAUAUCAAAUUCUAACGACAAGAUGGCAUGCGUCAAACCUGAUGAUGAGAAGAGGAAAGCAAUGAUGGAGAAAAAAGGAAGUGCAUCAGAGUUGCUCGUGAAAAUGCGCAGUCGCUUCCAGCAUCGAGCCACUGAGCCAGUCUUUCAUACACUUGCUACAAAGGCACCGGAGGUCAGGUACGUUGUUUGCGUCGAGCUAAAAAAAAGUGAUGCAAAAGAGAACCUCAGAUAA